AUGGUACGAGAAUCUCCCUCAAGUGCUUUGGGCGUAUCGAACCACACCACGGCGGCCCAUGGGGAGAGUCCCUUUGCCAUGGCUUAUGGCUCCGAAGUAGUGAUUCCAACCGAAGCGGCGAUUCCAACCCUUCGAACAUCCUUGUUGCUUGAAGGAAACAAUAGUCAGCAGCUCGAACAUAGUCUCGACCUCCUCGAUGAGAAAAGGGAUGCUGCAGCAAUUAGGCUUGCUUCAUAUCAGCAGCAGCUGCGCAAUAAUUAUAACAAACGUGUCAGAUUCCGGAACUUUGCGGUAAGCGAUUGGGUUCUAAAGCAAGAGACAGCUCAUGUAAAGAAAUUGGAACCUAAUUGGACCAGACUCUACAGGAUUACUGAAGCUGCGUAA